UCGGAAGAGGGGCAUCCCUAUGCGAACGCUGGCGAAUCCUCCUCUGAAACCAAAACAAUCUAGAUUCUCCCGUCGUCAGAGCUUCCCAAUCCGCCCUGAAGGUCAUCUUGUGUUAGGAAACUGUUACUGUUGGUUUAAAAUAUGGGUAACCACGCUUCCAUAGGUGAACGGAGAGAUCGUCAUAAAUCAGGAGACCAAUUUACUCCUUACUCUCCAGGAAGAAUAGAUGGCCAAGCAUUUACAUUUGAUAAACAUAAGGCCAACAAGCUACACCAACAGCCAUCAGAGGAGGAGCAGGAACCUGUUGUAUUGAAAAAAUCAACCUCUGAUGGCAAAGACAGUGAAGAGCAUGUGCCUAUUAGACCUCGGGCUGUAAUUACACAGGGAAACAAGAAAAUGUUACCCUUUGUGAUUAAAUGGAGUGGAGGAGGCCAAGCUGUGUCCAUUGCUGGCACAUUUAAUCAAUGGCAGAGUAUACCUAUGGUGAAAAGUGAAAAAGACUUCGUUGCCAUUGUGGACCUGCCAGAAGGACAUCAUGAAUAUAAAUUUCUUGUUGAUGGUGAAUGGAAGUACAAUGAAAAUGAGGCUGCUUGUGAUAAUAACAUUGGCUCUUUGAACAAUGUUAUUAGUAUCAAGGAGAGUGAUUUUGAAGAAUUUGAAAAUGCUCUCCUCCGAGAUCCAAAUGAUAAGAAUGACAAAACUUAUGGUGUUCAGGCUCUAAACAAAGAAAAGGGUGAAGUAGAAAAGAAGGAUGAAUACAGUCAGGAAAUCCCAGAGUACCACCAGUGGGAAAAGGUUCGAGGACCCCCUGUCUUACCACCACACCUUCUGCAGGUCAUCCUAAAUAAGGACACACCAAUCUCGUGUGAACCAACACUACUUCCUGAACCUAACCAUGUAAUGCUCAACCACAUGUAUGCUCUGAGCAUCCGUGAUGGCAUGAUGGUUCUUUCAACAUCAAUUCGUUUCCGCAAGAAGUGUGUAACCACUCUCAUCUACAGACCUAUCGAGUAGUCAUCAACAUUGCAAAGCUGAAUAUUUGUUCACACAUUUUAAAUUUCCCAAGGAAACAUAUUCUUAUAGUUGCUAGGAUUAUACUCAUAAAUUUGAAGCACAAAUAUUUUCUGAACUGAGAUUUUGUUUUAACAUUUAAUAUGCUAAAUAACUGACACAGGGACUGGUAGAAGGCAAGCAAUGUUUACCCUUACAUGACUGUAAAUCUUACUGCAAUUAACAUUUUCCUGAAUAAAAUGGAUAGAAUGUUAGUAGAUUAAUGCACCUGUUUCUUCUUAGUCAAUUAUAGAUUGAUCAGUCACAACUACAUAGAUUUCUAGUAAGAAUUUACCACUUGUUUGCCUUCUUGAAUAUAUAAGAUUAGUGGAUUUGGACUUUGAAUGUAAUUUCAAGAAAUAAAUGACUCAUGAAUUUGGAACACAAAUAUAGAUAUAUGAAAUAUAUGACUAAUGUACUU